UUUCCAAGCUUAUGCUCGUUAGCUAGCAAUUGUAAUGGGGCACUCAAUCUUUGACUUCGAGGAGCGGCACUAGGAGUGUUUUGACUUUCAAAUUUUCUGCCUACUUCAAGAUUUGAAAACCGCUAUGAAGGAUAGUUUUAUAGACCACUAGCGGGAAAACAUCCAGCUCUCCGAGGCUCCAACUGCCUGUGACUGUGACUCGACAACUGGUACUGCCGAGUCAUACCUGAUUCAAAUUAUGGACCAGCAAGCGAAGAAUCGGCAUACUCCUUAUUAUUCCAUCAUUAGGAUGAUAGAGAGCAUGCUCACUACUCUCAUUGAGCCUCCACAGCCAUGCACGAAGUGCGACAAAGAGGUCCAUCCCCGCAACGGAUUGAAGGCCACCCAUCUGGCGCUGGUAUUCGAGUGGUUUGCCACCCCGGACAAGAUGCCAUGCCUGUGCCUUCCAUGCAUCAUGGUCGAGUCAUACUCUGGUGCGAUCAAUUGCGAUGAUACCGACCAUCAACCAGGGGACGGCGGGGAGGAGGAGGCUGAGGAGAAUGAGUGAGCAAAAUACCGGACCUAUGCACGACACAGUAUGCUGCAGGAAUUUGGGCAGCCAACGCAGGAGAUCCAAAAAGUUCAAUCGAGAAGUGUAUUACCAACUAGGAUAGUGGCACAAGGUCAGCU